UGGUAUAGAAAUGAACAAAAGGGAUGACGAUGAUAAUCCUCCUCUCAAUAUUUGGACCCCUUCUUGCAGGAUGUGUCAUUUUGGCGAUAGUGAUGUAUUCUUCCUUCAUGGCUAACCCCGAUUCUCAAAAGGAUGUGAAGAAAUUGGAACCAAAGACAUUCCUGAAAGUCAUUGCAAGAUCAAAGGUGUUCCCAGUGGUCAGUAACAAUGGCUGGAGGUUGUUUGGCUACUCUCACAAUACCAGGGUGUGGACACAGAGUUUCCUGGGAGACAGCGAGGAGGAUAGAAUCCUUGUCUACACCACCUACUGUAAGAUGCCUGCCUCAUCACAGGUUGUAUACCAAACAAUCCGUGACAUUGGGAGGCUGAAGGAUUGGAAGCCAGGUGUGGUCACCUGCAGUUUGGUCAAGUCCAAGUCCAGCAAGUCUGGUCCCACCAACCAGUCUCCUUACAAAAUGGAGAAGGGCAUGGGACAGGAUGUUAUACAGGAGGUGGUCAUCAACCCUAAAACCCAGGAUUAUACUGAGGAGGUGGUGCCACAGCAGUAUACAAGACAUUGGAACAGGGAGGACAAUGGCUGUUGCUGGAUGUUACAGACCUCUCAGGAUAAAAGUCUGGCCAUGUUCUUCCUUGUACAGCCAGUCGAAGAUAUGGACAGCUGUUUAGUCACCAUUUUAGUUCACAAUAUGUCGACCUCCAACACUGGUGCUACCCAAGUUGCUUGCCUUUUGGGAUCACUUAGGGACUAUCUUCGUCUACGCAAAGUUAAAUGUACCCCACUUACCAGUAUCCGAAUGCCAAACUUCAACAACAACAGCCAAACCAACAACAUUGCCGAUUCAUCAAGUGACGAGGAACGAGACAAGCAAUUCUAUGAUCGUUUCUCAUCUCUCAAUGAAAAGCAGAAAUCUUUAGUUUUGCAAAAAUCAGAAUCCAUACUGAGACUGCGAACCAAUUCUCAGGGCAAAAUAACAAGACGUUCCAUUCAGCAGCGGCGUUCACAGUCGGACACAGACAUCCUAGGAAUAGUGAUGGGAGAUACAGACUCCCCAUCUCAGCCACUGAUACAAUCUGUCACUGACAAUGCUCAAAACUCAUCAAACUUGUUACAUUCCGACAGCUAUAGGGAAUCGAUGGACAAGACAUCCCCUAUGGAUGUGGACAGUGAACACUCUCAAACAGAGAGUGGAGACCAAACCAGUCAAAAAAGUAGUCAUGACAGCUUGGAGCAGAACAAGGAGAGGACUGGUUACGAGAAUGGUGGGAUUGGGGGGCACAGCCACGGAGAGGGUGAGGAGUUGUUGACUCUGGAGGAGUUGGACACCGAUACUGGCAGUGUAGUAUCAUCCAUUGAGUCUGAGACACCACAGGACGACCUGUUUGAAUUAUCAGAUAAACAGCCCACAACUUCAUCAGAUGUGGUCAAGUUCAUGACAUUAGCAAAUCAGUCUGCAGCAGACAUAUUGGCAUUGGCACUGAGAGUGUCAAACAUAGAUCUACGAAAAUCUCAGAGUCAGCAGACAGAGAGCUCAGGUGGAUGGGCGUUUUGGGGACUAGAGACAGAUGUAGUGAUUUUCAAAAAGAUUCUAAACCGCUCAAAUACCCUUUUUAGUGUUGUUGGUAAAGGUCUGAUCAGUGCCUCACCACAGCGAGUGUUUGAAGCCAUCAAAAACCCCAGAACUCGCUUCACCUAUGAUGAAAGUUUGAAGAAAGUUGAUGUCUUAAGCAGUAUCACAGAUAAAGCCAAAAUUGUUUAUUUUUACCAUGAGCUUGUCUACAGGUUUAAGAAGGAAUGUUUUGAUUUCUGUGUCCUCCAAAACGAGAGGAUGGAUGGAGAGAAAUAUGUGAUAGCCAUGCAGUCCGUAGACAAUGGCCUACCAGUGCCCAGCGGUACAGAGAGGGUUCAGAUGCUGCCUAGUGGUUGGAUCAUAGAGCCUGUUACUAGAGACAACAAGUUGUACUCCAUGGCAACCUAUGUGAUGCAGAUGGACUUCAAUGGAUCCAGAAUGAUGUCAGAGAAACAGCCUAUAGAAGAAAUGGUGUCCAAACAGCCACUAAGUAUAGAGUACCUUCGUCAGUACCUACGUCCUGCCAUCAUGUUAGCCCGACAAGCAUCGUUAGGAGGCACCCUCAGGAAAUGAGGCAUCACUACUGAACUCCUUAGUUAGGACCUGUUGGGGUUUGGACAGGAAGAGAGGAUUUGUACACAUGUCAAUGAUUUUGACAGGAAAGUAAAGAAAUGAAGCAAAUGCAAAGGGUUUGAGGUAACCCAUAAACGUCACUGUAAAACUGUCUCUCAGGACGUGUCUAAGGCUGGUUUUAUGGAAGGUUGAUUGGAUAGCACUGAACCAACAUUACUGGUAUAUAUGUUCAUAGCUUACCACUUAUAUUCAGUACACUACUUAAGUAGGACAAAGCCUUUGUCAUGCUAUGUACACUUGUCUUAUCUCCACAUAUUGAUAUUUAAACUAGGAUUAUAGUAACAGAUACUUGUGGUAAAUAUUUUGUUAUAGUCUAUCAUUGUUUGUAGAUAACUACAAGGGUAUUUAGAAUCAAAGGGACAUUUUUCACAGCCUGGAAAGCGAACAAUAGAUACAAGGCAUCUAUAUAUAGAAACAUGAAUGUAAGCGUCAUUGUUUACUGUAGAAACAUAACAUACAACCACAUACUUGAUAGGACAUUCCAUUUAUAAGCAAAAUCAUCAUGUCAUAGUUAUAUACUCUCAUUGGACAUCAACAACACUAUACAAUUAUAGACUUUUAUGCUGGUGAAUAUGAUGAGAUAUGAACCUGACAAAGUGAUAUUGACAGAGGCGAUAUCAUCAGGUUCAUAUUACAUCAUAUUUACCAGCACAAAAGCCCAUAACUGUUUUAUAUAUGCUUCAACAAUAAAAUUUUGUAUCAUUAACCUUUACUGGAACGAGCCUCCGUGUAAAAUUUAGCUAUGGUUGAAACCAAUUAACAGUUCGGCAUCGUAGCUUUCGAAGACAUUGUCAAGGUUCUUUUCCAUGGAGGACACCCACUGCGUGUUCGGUGGCUUUUUUUUGUGUUAACAGCAUCUUUAUCUUCGAGUAGUUUUUGGAAUUUUUGGAAAUUUUCAGAUGUAACGGAGACGAACUUUCGUCAGCAGCCAUCUUCUGUUGUCGUCUGACAGAUUUAAAAAAAAUCGAUAUUCACCGGAUAUCCGGUCUACAUGAGUUUUUGAGGACUGGUCACGUGUAAAGGAUCCGGCCAAUGUGAUUGCGAGAAAUUUUCAACCAUAUAAUAAUGUCUAUUAUAUCAAACAUAGUUAAGUUUCAUUGCUUAAAUUUAAUUGAUGAAUUGCUACAUAUAGAAAAAAAUGAGCUAGUCUUGCAUAUAGGUUUGAUGUAAAAUUAAAUAAAACUUUUUUUUUUAUUUCUUCAUUAUUUUUCCAGGUAUUUAUUCUUCCAAAAUAUUCGAUCCUUUAAUAUCUAAAAACUUUUUGAUUAUUUCCAUUCCAGGAAGUUUUAUUAAUCAAUGCAAUUUAGACCAGUUAUAAGAUCAAUACAUGUAAACUUAUUUUUUUAUAUUAAUAUUGAAGAUGUGUCUUCAAGAAGCAUUAUUACUUUUUUGUAAUAUUUAGGUAUGUAAACGUCCUAAUUAUACAUAAUUUACCACUUGAUAAGCCAGUCUGUAUCGUUAUGUAAAAUACUAAUUGUAUAAUGUGUUAAAGAGGUGGAGGUCCUAUAGCACAUAAAACACGUAUCAAAAUAGGAAGUUUUUAAUGUUGAUAAGGUAUAACAUGUAGGGAUGUUUAUAGUGUCUCCCUGUGUAAUAAAGAAAGUUAGAUAAGUCAAUUCUGUUAAUUGUUGACUUCUACAAAUUGAUCGUUUUAUUUAAUUGUCUCUUUAACAAAUACUUAUAUAAAUACAAUGCAAAUGAUCAUUUUAACGUUGUUGGCAAUUUUUUAAAUAAAUGCAAUACUUAAACUGUAAUCAAUUAUGAUUGUCAGCUUUUUUUCCCAGUAAUGUUGAUCCUUAUAGAUUUUUAUAGUUCAAGAUACUUUAUAUAAGUUGUUAUAUAUGUAUAGAUUUUAUCCUAUAGAAAAAUUGCAGCAGCAAAUUUAGUCUAAAACAUGUAUAGCAUAAAAAAUUACAUCUCUAAAAAUAUACCUCUCGAUUCUUAAAUAAUGGUAUUCUUGUGUCAUUUUUUUUGGAAUAAAUUAUACAUAUACUUGGUAGUCAUACACUGGUCCAUCUUCACCAUAUCUCAAACGUGUAUUCCUUUUGUACUAAAUAACUGGGAGAUUAUCUUACAUUGCUAUACUGGUAGCUUUAUUCUCACAUUGGGUUUUAAUUUUGCAGACAGCUUAGACUCAUACGUUAGUAUAUACAUAGAGUCUGACCUGGGAUAGAGGCGGUAUACUAAAUGGUGUUAAUUUGCCAGGCUGUAAUGUAUGUCUCCUGUAUUUACAUGCCCUGUGUUUUGGAUGCUGAACUCGUCAAUAAGUAUUUCAUAUGUGUACCAAUGUUUGAAUCUGAUGAAGUCUUAUCGUGUUAAAAUGUACACCAAAUUUCUUAAUAAGGAAUUCAGGGGAUUUAUUUUCAUAAUUGCAUUUUCAAUUUCACUAAACCAAUUAGCAUACAAAUAUCUAGUCAUUUUUUUUUUGUCUCAUAGUUUAUGUGAUGUUGCCUUUUGUGUUUUCAUUAGUGUUCGUCUCUAAGAAAGAAAUGUCUAAUUAAAAUAAGAAUAGUUCAUAACAAAAUUUAGAACCAAAUUUCUUUCUCAUAUUUUUCUUCUGAUCAAUUAGGAUACUGCAAACGUAUUUGUCAUUAACCCAUUUGUCAUAUAAUACGUGUAUAUAACACGUAGGGGAACCUAUUUCAGAUAUCCUAUUAGAAUUAGAAUUAACUUAACCAUUUGUAUCAUAGAACCAAAAGCUUCAAAUUAUCUGAAAGAUUUAAAAUAUGAGGGGAGAUAACGCAGGAAUUGAACAAAGAUUACCAGUAAUUGUAAGUUGAGUAAGUGUUGAGAUUUUGUAUGAAGCUGUUCCCUGAUGUAAAUUGAUAGGUAAAGAGAUUACCACUGACACAUACAUUCUGUUUAUAUAUACUUACAUCAUUUGUUGUUCUUUCAUAUUGAAAAGGGUCAGGAUUUUUAGUAUCAAAUCAAGUGUGGGAGAGAAUAGUAACAAAAGAAAGUAUAUAGGAGUGUUUAUAACUUAAGUAAUACAUCCACCUGCUAAUAUAAGCUUUGUCGUGUAUUAAUAGAUUAAGAAGUCUUGCUACCACAAUUUGGAAUUUCUCCAUAUCUACGCCUAGCUUUUCCCUGUACCUGUACUUAGAUUUGAGAACAUGCUCCACAUACUUAGCUACACACUGUAAAGUACAUUUAUAUACAUAGAAAUGUAACCUGUAGGUACUCCACAUUGUAUAAUACACACUGUAUAUAUAUAAGUUGUAUCACUUCAGAUUGUAUGAUACUUGUACAUUGUAUAUUAAAAACAUGGA